AUGAUCGGGGCCGUCCUCCUCCUGCUGCCGCUGGGUCUGGUGCAAGGGGGCGGCCGCUGCGUGCUGAACCGCACUGAGGAGCGCUGCGUGUGCCGCCGGCUGGCCGAGGACAGCGUGGACAGCAUCGUGCAGUGCCUGCCCGCCUCCGUCGUGGAGUUCUGGGGAGGGGACCUGCAGAGAUACGCAGCCCUGCCCAUCGGUGACCUGCAGCCCUCUGCCAUCGACAUGCUGGAGAGCCUCAGCAUCAGGAAGCUCGUCUUUGGGGACCUCCUGGUGCCCGAGGAACUCCUUGCCCGCGUCUUGAAGUUCUUCUCCUACACGCAGGUGCAGGAGCUGGUGUUCGAGAGCUGCGCCUUCGUGGGGAGCAGCGACUGGGCUGACAUGGACGGGCAGGACUUGCCCGUGAGGACGCUGCGCUUGCACAACGUGACGUCGGCGCCGCUGACCGGCCGCGAGCAGGGCUUCUCCAGCCUGCGCCGCUGGCUGGGCAGCCUGCAGGAGCUGGUGCUCACGCGCUCCCGCCUCAGCGCGCUGCCCUGCGCUGUGGGCAGGCUCUUCAGCACGCUGCGCUCCCUGGACCUGGCGCACAACGGCCUCGCCGACAGCGGCCUGGCCGCCGCCUUCUGCCAGGGCGCCUUCCCGCGGCUCCGCGCGCUGAGCCUGCAGAGCAACCACCUCCUGUCCUUCCACGGCGUGUGCCAGAGCCUGCAGCUGCUGCCGGAGCUCCAGCAGUUAGACAUCAGCCGCAACAACCUCACUGCUGGCCUGGCCUCCUCCUGCCAGUGGCAGAUGUCCCUCCGAUCCUUGAACUUGUCCGACACGGGCUUGGAUGAAGUGCUCACACCUCUGCCUCCCAAUCUAGAGGUGCUGGACAUGAGUUGCAACCAUCUCCGUACUUUAGACAUCUCUCUCGGCUCCCUGAAGAUGCUCCUCCUCAGCCAAAACAUGCUGCAAGAUGUCUCCUUCCUCAGGAACUGCCCCAUGUUGGAAGUCCUCUAUCUAGAUGACAAUUUGAUCUCGGAGCUGCCGUGGGACGAGCUGCAGCUCCUGCAGCACCUCAGGGACGUGGCUGCCGCUGGCAACCCCUACAACUGCUCGUGCUCCGGGGCCGGGGGGAUCCAGAGGCUGGCGGCCACGGGGCACCUGGGGCCAGCCUGGCCCCGGGACUAUGUGUGCCACUCGCCCCCUCGCUAUCAGCGUGUCCUGGUGAAGGACGUGUCCGUCUCGGUUCUGCAGUGCAACAGCGCUGCAGUGAUCGCUCCCAUCUGCGUUCUCCUUGCCGUACUGUGUGUGGCCGGCGCGGUGUGCCUGGCCAGAGCCAAGCACAGGCUGCCCCAGGCUUGCCGCAGGGCCGCGAAGGGGGCGUAG